CUCGCCGCAAGAUGAGCGUGUCUGAGGCUCAGGAGUGCCUGCAGAACAUCAGCAGGCUCAGUCGAAGGGAGCAGGAACUCCGCAAGUGAGAAAACAUGGACCAAACACCAUGACUGGAUGAAUGGAUGAAUGGACGAGUCCGUGCAUUGUGUUGGUUUUGUUGGUGUGGUUGUGCAGGGAUCUGUGUGCGCUGGCUGAGAAGAACAAGGCCAAGAAGGAGCGGAUUGACGAGGAGCAGCGGCGGUUCACCGGCAAGCAAGCAACAAGCAACCAACGUGUUAUCUGGUUCACUGCCGUGCAUCCCUUCCAAUGGCUUUGUGUGCCAUGUUUGUUCGGCAGAGGUGGUCUGCCGUCGCCUGCAGAACACUGAGGUGCGUCUGCUUGUCUGCCACCGACACACACAGCCGGCUUGACAACCUCAUUUGUGUGUUUGUGUGAUUCAGGAUGAGUGUGCGAGUUUGACGGCUCAGUUGAAGACCGAGGGCCACCGAUGCAGCGAGCUGGAGAAGACCAUCAAGCACCAGACGGUCCGCAAGGAGCAGACGGCGAGUGAGGCCAAGAAGGCGGCGGGCGACGCCGUCAGACAGAGGCUUCGCAUGGCACUCAAGAUGGAGAACUUCAUCCGCUCGCUCUGGACGGCCAUGAAACACUGGGACGCCGGCAUGUGUCCGCUCCCGGGAGCCUCACCCAUCAAACAGUACCUCAACAAAUGUGCCGGUCAGUCAGUGGGGACGGACACAUACAUGCACACACCGACGAAACACCACACCCCCGCACACCUCCUGCCUCCCCUGCAGAGAGCGAGUCGUCCAACAAGGCCAUGCAGGAGAGGCAGGCCAAGGCGGUGAGCGCGUGUCCUGGCUGGGCUGGGCUGGGCUAGGCUGUGUGGAUGUGUGUGUGUCCUUCAGGCUGCAUUGUCGGGCGAGCUCAAGGUGCAGCAGGACAAACUGCAGCGCCUCAAAUUCAAGGAGAAGGAGGUCAGUCACACCAACACAACACAACAUAACAUAACACAACACACGCCACGUGUGCAGCCCGCCAUGAAUGCAUUUGCCUGUGACUGACUGCGGUGCGUGUGGAUUUCCUUCGUUCAGCUGGGUCGUUUGUUGUCGGGCAAGUUGGCGGCGCUGUCGAGCGAUUUGGAUAAGGAUAAGGAGAACGAGACCGAGCCCAGCAAAGACAAAGUAACCAACACACAUGUGUGUGCACAGACACGUGGUUGCACGUCUCUUUAUGCGCGUGCGUCAGGUUGUUGUCGACCCCGCCAUUGCUGACAUGAAGAAGUAAGUACCCUAGCAAAUGCGCAAUGUGCCCACCCUUGGCGUGUGUCCUGGCUUGCAGGAAGCUCCGUGACGUGCAGUCGGCUUUCGAGGCCGACCUGGCCGCCAAGCAGGCCGUCCUGCAGCAGCAAGCCAACCAGAUCAGAAAGAUCGGUAUGUACAGAACACGGGCCAUCGGUAUGUAUACGUCUGCAUUCGUCGUCUACUUGCAGGUAUGGACAUUGACCACUGCGAAGCACUGAAGGCUCAGAAGCACGAGGCCUUCCACAACUGCGUCUGCGCCAAAUGCAACGAACCCAUCAACCAACGUAUAUAUAUAAUGACGCCACUGUCGAGACACGAAUGGCGUCUCUGAUGUGUGGACGUGGGUGUGUCUGUGUGUUGUGUCAGCGGGCCGUUGCUUGUACUGCAUGGAGAUGGAUGGGGGCAUCCAGCAAGACGAGGAGGACGGAGGGCACCAGCAGCAGGAGGAGGGCAUGCAGCAAGAUGACGCAAAGGCCAACUGACACGCCAGACACGAAACACACACAGGACAGCAUCACAAGACAGACAGACAGACAGACCGAGCGACGGACCGACCAGUCGAUGAUCAGACAGAACAGAGCAGAGAGACGGAAACACACACAGGGUGGACGCGUGUGUGUCGCCGCGGCGUUGGUGCGAAUGAGAUGACAUCGCAAUGCGCGUGGAUUCAUGUAUGUACAGACAGACCUUUGAAUGUCCCUUCGCACA